CAGUUUAAAACCUUUUUAAAGCGUGUCUGUUCCCCUCGCGUUCACCACUGACUGUCGGCGUCACCCUGCUACUGUUUAUCCGCCCCAAAUAUCCCGGAAAGAGUUUGUAAAAGACGCUAUUUAACAAGCUAACUUAGCGUGCUAGCGAUGCUAACGGCUAGCCUCCCGUUAGCUGUGUGUAUAAGUUACCAAGCGGACCGCGGAGAAGUUGCUUAAAUGUUGGGUUUUUUUGGACAAUUUAAACUCAUGAAAACCCGCAGAAGUUCAGCGUGGUGUUAUCGCUGAUUUUUGACCCACAUUUUUAGUUUCGGCCACUCUACCCCCACCUCUGGAGUUGUUUGAGUUUCACUUCCUGGUUUCUCAGAUUGAUCGAGAACGACAGACGGAGAGCGACGGACGACAAUGUUGGAAAAUGUCCCAGCAGUCUCGUCAGCGGAGCGCCAGCAGGUCCUGGGAGCUCUGGAGCGUCUGCAGGCCAAACUGGUCCAGAGCGAGGAGUGGACCCACGCCGAAACCAUGGGCAACCUGAGGCAGACCCUGCAGAGCCCACUAUUCAACCACAUCCUGACCCUGCAGCACUCCAUCAAACAGCUCCGAAACCAGCUGAGCAGUCUCCCCCCUGACUCCUGCAGUGACUUCACCUUCUCCAGGAAGGGUCAGCUGAUCCUUAGUGCCGUUGACCCCGCCAGCAGCCCCCCCCCUCUGUCUGCCUCCUCCCUCUUGACCAAUGGCUCGUCUCCGCUCGUCCAUCAGGCUCCGCCCCCUUCUGACCUCCUGCAGCAAUGGAUCAUCGCCGCCGCCAAGGGCCGUGAAACAGCGCUGUGUCAGCUGACUCGACCUCCGUCUGGUGGUCUGGGCUUCAGCGUUGUGGGUCUGAAUCCGGCAGGAAGUGGCAGCAGUCAUGGCGUCUUUGUCAAACACAUCCAGCCCGGAGGAGUCGCUCACAGGGACGGGCGUCUGCAGGAGAGGGACCAGAUCCUGGUGAUAAACGGUAGUCCUCUGGAGCCGGGCAUCGGCCACCAGCAGGCGCUGGCGCUGCUGCAGCAGACCGGAGACGGCGUGGAGCUGGUGGUGGCGAGGGACCGUCCCCUCAACGCAUCACCAUCGUUACCAUCGUUACCAUCGUUACCGGCCACGGACGCCAUCAGCACGGACCAGUGGGGCCACUUGGAGGAAAUCGAGCUGGUGAACGAUGGAUCUGGUUUGGGUUUCGGCAUCGUGGGAGGGAGAGCGACCGGCGUGGUGGUCCGGACUCUCCUCCCAAACAGCGUGGCCGACAAGGACGGUCGUCUCCGCACAGGUGACCACAUCCUUUGCAUCGGGGCCACGCCCACCACCGGCCUCUCCAGUGACCAGGUGGUCAAAGUGCUGCAGGGCUGUGGCAGUUACGUGACGCUGCUGAUCGCCAGGGAUCCCCGGGGUCAGAGGUCAGCAGCCGCGCCUCCACCUCCACCUCCAGACUUUGCCCCCGUCUCCUCCUUACCCCCCGGACCUCCGAACCUGCCACAACGCCGCCACAGCAAGACGCCCAACCUGGAGGGGUACGAGGUUCACGAGGUCCCUCUCAGCAGGAACGACGGCCAGAGUCUCGGCAUCUCCAUCAUCGGCUACAACCCUCUGACCAGCUCCGAUGCAGUCGGUGUGUUUGUGAAACACGUGGUUCCCGGCAGCGCUGCGGACCAGAGCGGAAACAUCAGGGUCCACGACCGCCUGCUCGCUUUGAAUGGCGUCAGCCUGCACGGUCUGACCAAUCAGGAGGUCCUGGAGGUGAUGAAGGAGGCGGGCCAGACGGUGGUUCUCUCCGUGGUCAGGAAGAGGUCCCGAGCCCUGGAGAGGUCUCUGGAUAAAGUGGAAAGGGAGUCCUCUCUUGUGUCAUUAAGGAGGUCGGUUGAGGUCAACGCUCGCUCAUCUGGGUUUGGCUUUGCAGCGCACGAUCUCGAACCGACAAACUCUCAGCUAACAACGGUGUCAUGUGUUCAGGACAGUGCCAUGUGUUCAUGA